AUGCUUGGUGAUGUUGGAAAUAUGUUAUCAAUUGUCGAUUUGUCAAGCCUAGAAAUAAUAUAGAGAUAUAAAAUAAAUAAGUAUAAAGUAAUGAACACUAUAAAUAAUCCUUUUAAAUAAUUAAUUUACGUAGUUAACAAUGAAGGGGUUACAGACAUAUUAACUUAUACUUUAGAAUAUAUUACUUCAAUAAAAAAUCCUUGUUUAAAGCAAGCAUUUAUAUCUUAUGAUGUAAAUUUUGUGUAUUCAAUCUGUCCUAAUGAUAUUAUAGUGUAUAAUGGAAUUAGCUUUGAGUAAUAAUUUCCUACAAUAAAUCACGGUAUCUCUGAAGCGAAAUAAUAAAAUAGAACAUCAGAAAAUAUUUACACUAAAAAUACUUUAGACUAAAUAAAUAAAUCUUUGUAGACAACAGAAUAAAUACUUUCCUUAGUAGAAAUAGAAUAUCUCGAUGGGUAAUCUAUAGAAUAGAUGGAUUUUAUAUAAGAGUAAGAUACGAAUACAGUUUAGUAUCUAUGUGAUACUUUAUUUUUAAAUAAUGUAGAAAUUUUAGACUGUGUAAAUGCUAGUUUCUAUUUUUAAGCUAAUAGUAUAGUUGUGUAAAAUUUAAAUAUCAAAAAUCUUGAAACUUCACUUACAGUUAUUGAUAUUUAGGCUAUUUAAAUUAAUAUAACUGAUAUAAAUAUUAAAAAUAUUUAUUCACAUGUUUAAGGAGAGUAAAUAAAUUUUAUUAAUAUUAAAAGCUUUAGUGAUGCUUAUAUAACUAGAAUAAAUUCAAAUGAUAGUUAAAUAUCAAUACUUUCUAUUAAUUAGUAACGUGAUAAAGGAAAAGCUCUUGUUUCUGAAAUAAUAUUUUUGGAUUUUUAAAUCUUUGGUGCUAAUCCUCUGAUAUCACUUAACGAUUUAUAAUUUGUUAAGAUACAAAAUGUUUAAAUUAAAAAUGUAGUAAACUCGCUUAAUAAAUACAUGUCUAUAUUUAGCAUGUAGAAUUGUGAUACUGUUAAUAUAAUUGAUAGCUAAUUUGUAAAUAAUACAAAUAUUAAUGGUCCUGGUGGAGUUAUUUAUGCUAUUGAAAAUAAGGUAAUCAUAAUAUAAAAUUCAAGAUUUUAGCUUAAUACAUGCAAAUAAUAAAAUGGAGGAGCUAUUUACAUAUAAAAUAAAAUUUUAAUGGGAAUUUUACAUAUAAAUUCAAGUUAAUUUAUAGAAAACAAAGCACUUCUUUCUUCUGGAGGUGCAAUCUACCAAUAAAAUAAUAAUAUAAUAAUAUAAAAUACAGAAAUAUCUUCUAAUAUAGCUUAAAUUGGUGGUGGAAUAUAUUAUACAUAAAUUCUCCCUGAUUUUCUUAUUGAUUUAAAGCAUGGAAAUUCAAAUAAUAAUACUUUUAUUGAUAAUGUUGGGUAUAUUUAUGGAUAAAAUUUUGGUUCUACUUUAAGAAAGGUCUAUAUUGAUUUAGAAAAUAUAGAAUUGCCUAGUGGAAGCUAAAAAUCUUAAUAAAAUGGAGAUAUUUAAAUUCAUAAAUUUAAAAGUGGAGAUUAAAUAAAUUUCAAAAAAAUUUAAUUGCUUGAUGAAGAGGAUAAUCAUAUAAAGUUUGAUAAUAUUAAUUUAACAAAUUUUAAUUUACUUAGUUCUGAUGUCUAGUCAUUACUGUAAUAAAUAAGUAUUUCUAUAGCUUGGGAUUAAGAAAAUGAACAAAUAUAAUGUAUUGGAUAGCUUCAAACAAAAUAAUACUAAAAUGGAGGUUAUAGCUUAGAUGUUCAAGUAUUUUAUAAGCCAAUAGCUAAUAUAAUACUUAAAAUAGUGAGUAAUAUUUUUCCAUAAAUAAAGGAUUCAUAAGGAAAUAUUGUAGUCAACUCUGGAUAAAUAGAGUUAAAUGUUAAAAUAGAGUUAGAUUAAUGCUCAAUUGGAGAAAUAUUUGUCUAAUAUGGGAAUUCUAUAGCUUGUUAAUAAUGCCCUGAAGGUAAGUACUCUUUGAGUUUAAAUGAUAAAGAAUGUAAAGAAUGUCCUGAUUCAGCAACUAGCUGUAAAGGUUCUAUCAUUUAGUUAAAAAGCGGUUAUUGGAGAGUAAAUGAAAAUACAGACAAUAUUCUAUACUGUAGUUUAAAUCCUUUACCAUGCUAACCACAACUUCCUACAUCCAAAUUUAACUGCGAUGAAGGGUAUAAAGGACCUAUGUGCUAGUGCUGUGAUACUUACGGGAAAAUUUGGGGAGAAAGUUAUGCUUAAAUGUUUAAUCCUAGCUAUUGCUACUAAUGCUCAUAAAAUAAAAUCAAAAUAAUAGCAUUUAAUUUAUUAAUUUUCAUCUUAAUUUCUUCCUAUGUGCUGUUUAUUUUAAAAAGAAUUAUAAUGCAACAGGAAUUUAAAAUUAUUGGGUAUUAUUUAAAUAAAUUAGAUAUGAUUUAUUUAGGAUCAACACUAAACUAAUCUGAUAGGUCAUAAAUCAUAUCUAAGAUUCUAACUGACCAUUUACAAAUAUUGUCUUUUGUUUGUACUUUUACAGUAAACAUGCCAAUUUCUUUUACUCUUCCUAUUUAACUGUCAGGAAACACCUUUACUAUGACUAGCAAAUCUAUUGACUGUGUGUUUUCAAACUAUCCAAAUUUACAGCCACUCUGGUUAUUUUAAUCUCUUUGGACUUUUUGUUUACCUUUAGGAAUAUCAUGUAUGUAUUUACUGAUAGGAAUCAUUUGCAAUUUUUUUAAAGUAAAUAUAUUCAUCAAAUAUUUUAGAACAGCUGCUUUGUUUAUUUACUUUUAUUUCUUUCCAAUGGUAAUUAAUCUUGCAAGUCGAUCAAUUAAUUGCAUUACUAUAGGAGAUAAAAAAUAUUUAGAUUUAGAUUUGAGUAUCGAAUGCUUUGAUGCAAGUUAUCACAAGCCUUAUAUCUUUUUUUAUAGUAUACCUGUUAUAAUAAUAUGGGGAAUUUUAAUUCCUGUGUAUUUAUUUUAUAAAAUAUACAGCACUAAAUAAAAAAAAUAGUCAAUAUUUAUGACAAUGAAGUAUUCUUUCUUUUUUGCAGGCUAUAAAGAAAAGUACUAUUAUUGGGAGUUUUGGAAGUUGUUUUACAAAACAAAUUUGAUUUUGGUAUCAGAAUUACUAAAACAAAAUUUUUAUAUUAAGGUUGGUAUUAUGAAUCUUGUAUUGCUGUUCUAAUUUUAUCUAUUAGUAAAGUCGAAACCUUUUACAAGAGAAUAUUUUAAUAAUUUAUAACAAAAAUCUAUAAUUCUAUGCACUUUUUCUUUGAAUUUAUGCUUCAUAUUAAUAGUGGGAGUCUAGAAUGACUUAGGAUAUUAAAUGAUUUUGAUAUUAUUGGUCGUUUUUGCUAAUAUUUUUUAUAUAUUUAUUUUAUUAAUAGGACUAUCAAGGUUAUUAAUUCCAACUUAAGAGGAAGACAGAAACUUUAUUUAAAAUAUUAUUUUUUAAAUUACAAAAAAAUAUCCUUAACUUUUAGAUGUUUAAUUAUAAAAUAAACAAAAGAUAAAAUCGCUGCUAAAGUUAAGAAAAGUUAAACUUAGAAUUAAAUAAUUGAUGAAAUAUUUAAAAGGCUAUGACUUUUACUCUUCCUAAUCUCUAUAAUCAUACUUUAAUAUAAAUAAAUCAUAGAAUUAAUCUAAUUUGGAUCAAGUAUAAGAAGUUAAUUAAAUUUUUUCUUCAGAAUUUUCUGAUGAAAAACAUUUAAUUUAAAAAAAUAAGAACAAUAUAUAAAGGCUUAGAAAUAAAUGGUCUUACUACACUAGAAAUGCGAAAUCAAACUAAACAUCUUUAAAAACAUCAAGUUAAAAUUUGAAUCCAAUUAAUUAUGGAAAGGAUGAUUAUAUUAUGGAAACUUAAAAUUCUUUAUAAAAUAGCAAAAAUAAUAGAAAAAGAAGUACUUAAUUUCAAAUUCAGCUUUCUGAACAUUAAAAUUGA